AUGUUGAAAUUUGAUAGUCAAGCUACUGGGGAAAGAAGAUUGCUACAGCUCAAUGAGUUAGAUGAAUUCAGAUCUCAAGCUUAUGAAAAUGCCAAGAUUUACAAGGAGAAAGCAAAGAAAUGGCAUGAUCAAAAGCUAACAAGAAGAGAGUUUAUAGAAGGUCAACAAGUACUAUUGUACAACUCAAGGCUCAAGUUUUUCCCAGGAAAGUUGAAGUCAAGGUGGUCUGGCCCAUUUACAGUCAUCAAGGCUUCCCCUUAUGGUCAUGUGGAACUUAUGGAUGACAAAACACAGAGGACUUUCACUGUCAAUGGCCACAGGCUUAAGCAUUACUUAGGAGACACAUUGGAUGAGCAAAGGGUGAACUGUUCCCUCAACUGA